AUGGGCGGAGUUGCGCCGUACUUGGUAUCAGUAAACGACACCUUUCAUCUCUGUUCGAAAACGCUGCUGGCAGCUUGUUUCUUGGUCGUAUCUAGUUUGAAAAAUACCAAACGCCCUCGUGGACGGGGUGACACUCUGGGAUUCCUGCCUGAUUUGUGCAAAGAUCACAAGCCAACCUGCUUUUAUAAACGUCUACCCUUGAAUGGUCGACUUUAUGGAGAAAGUACAGGGGCGGCCCUAUGCAAGAGCAUUAGGGCCAACCUAGGGUAUGUAAAGCAAUUGGUGUAA